CGCUGCUGGACCCAUGGUGUCCGAGUCAGAGAUGAGCGACACUAUUGAGGUACUGAAAGAAAUUCUCGCUGAGCACUCGCUGGAUGCCAACUAUCCCCAGGAGUUGCUGAACCGUGCUCGCGAAUUCUUGGACAGAGAUCCCGACUCGAUCCAAGCCCUCGAUACCCAGGCGUUAGUCGAUGAUAUCAGACGACAAAAGGAUUUGAUUUUCAAUGAUUCUCCCUACCCAGAAGUUCGCGCUGUUGUGGACCCGUCCGAUGACUCCUCCGUGUCAGCCAAUACCUUUCGCGCCUGGUUCAUUGGUCUCUCGUUGACUGUCGUUUUCACCGGCGUCAAUCAACUCUUUCAGCUUCGCUAUCCGACCAUCACGAUCUACUCCGUGGUGUCGCAGGCGGUAUCCUACCCGAUCGGUGCCCUCCUAGCCAAGAUCCUUCCCACCAAGACCUUCAAGUUCUUUGGCUGGUCCUGGUCACUCAAUCCCGGUCCAUUCAACCAGAAAGAACACAUGCUGAUCACAGUUAUGGCUAAUGUUGCCUAUGGAGGUUACCUCGGAACUGCUUACGUGACCAACAUCUUCACGGUACUCAAAGUGAAGAAGUGGUACAAUAUGACUGGGCUGUAUGACAAAGCCGGUUUCCAGAUCUUGUUGGCACUUUCCACUCAGCUGCUAGGCUUUGGCUGUGCUGGACUCGCCCGUCGAUUCUUGGUUUAUCCGGCAACUUUGAUCUAUCCCAAAGCCCUGGGAACGAUUGCUUUGAACAAGGCCCUGCACAACGAUAGCAAACUGACGGCAGUCAAUGGUUGGACAAUAUCUCGUCUCAAGUUCCUGCAAUGGAGCUUCUUGAUGAUGUUUGUUUAUUACUGGUUUCCCGGUUACAUCUUCACUGCUCUUUCCACUUUCAAUUGGAUGACCUGGAUCUCGCCAACCAAUGUCACGCUAGCCCUCAUCACUGGCAGUCUUGGAGGUCUCGGUGUCAACCCCAUUCCGACUUUUGAUUGGAAUGUCAUCUCUGUGCUUUAUGACCCUAUUAUCACUCCAUUCUAUUCCCUCGUCAACAGUGCCAUUGGGGCGACCCUUGCAUGUAUUUGCGUCAUCCUGCCAAUCUACUGGACUAAUACCUGGAACUCAGGCUACUUCUCCAUCAUCACGAAUGGCCUCUCCGAUAACACUGGAAAUUCGUACAAUGUCUCGAAGGUUUUGUCUAACGGGAAGCUUGAUGUUGCCGGGUAUGAAUCUUAUGGACCGGCAUACAUGUCCGCCUCAUACGCGAUCAUGUUCUUCUGCUUUUUCGGCAUGUACAUGUCUGGCAUCGUCCAUGUGGCUCUUUAUAACCGCCACCAACUUUACAAGGGGUUUAAAUCUUUACUCAAGUGGGGAAAUGCGCGCGAUGAGUACGAGGAUGUUCAUAAUCGUCUGAUGAAGUCGUACAAAGAAGUUCCCGAAUGGUGGUAUAUUGCCAUCUUGGUGAUCACCUUCGUUUUUGGGGUCGUCAACAGCGAGGUCUACAACACAGGCUUUCCGGUCUGGGGCCUCACUUUUGCCAUCGCCCUGUGUCUUGUGCUGCAGAUCCCGUAUGGCAUUGUUUAUGCCAUCACCAAUGCAGAGCUCACCAACAACGUGGUUGCUGAGGUUAUCGCUGGAUACGCCAUCCCCAAUCAGCCUGUGGCAAAUAUGAUAUUCAAGUCUUACGGUCUGCUCGCCUGCGCUCAAGCAAUCCAAUUCUCCUCCGAUCUCAAGAUGGGCCACUACGUUAAGAUUGCACCCAGGGUGAUGUUUAGCGCUCAGGUUGUUGCCACUAUCGUUGGUGCUUUCGUAGCCGUUGGUGUCAAUGCAUGGGCUUUGGCAAAUAUCCCAGGCGUCUGCACCAACGACCAACCCUCCAAGUUUACUUGCCUCAGUGUUCAAACCUUCUUCACCUCUUCAGUAAUCUGGGGGGUCAUCGGACCUAAGCAUUUCUUUGCACCGGGUACUCCAUACCAUGCGACACUCUACGGAUUUCUUUUUGGUCUCCUAAUCCCGGUGCCAUUUUACUUUCUGGCCAAGCGAUUCCCACGUUCUAUUUGGCGUUACGUCAACUUUCCCGCCCUAUUUUUUGGAGUCACCAACCUGUCGCCCUAUAACCUCAAUUAUAUCUGGGCUCCGACUAUGGUUGGUUUUGUCUUCAAUUACUACAUCAAACGUCGCUACCUCCCAUGGUGGGAGAAGUAUGCCUAUGUGCUUACAUCUUCCUUUGGCGCAGCUGUGGCUAUCUCUGCCAUCAUAAUUUUCUUCGCAGUGGAAUAUCAUCCUGUGGUUAUUAACUGGUGGGGCAACGCGAUUUCUUCAGCUGGUUGCGAUGCGGCUGGAUGUCCUUUGUACACUGUGCCGGAUACUGGUAUCCCGGGCACUCAGUAGUCGAAAUGCCUUUAAGAUCUGCGCAGAAGAUGGGGUUGAAGGAAGUGCCAAUAAUAAGUCAU